CGUCGGCCGGCUCUCUCUGCUGGUCCUGUCUCCAUUUCUGUGUUCUGUGCCCUCAUCGAGAAGCAGCACUCUGAAAACCGAACAGCGGGAGGACCUUCUGAUUCGCUUCCCCGCCGCUUCGUUCUUGCCGUCCGCGUCCACCAGAUCGCUUGCUCUCUCUGCUCUGGGCUUCGCUCGUCCUCCGCUUGGAACCGCAGCGACUUCUGUGUCGUCUUCGCGUCUCUCUCUCUCUCUCCCCGCCUCUCGCCACCAUGGCCGCUCUGCAGCCCCCGCCUCCUCAUGCGUCCUCUUCUCCCUCGUUCUCUCCUGCUCCUGCCUCUGCGUCUCGCUGUGUGUCGUCGAGCCUUGUGGUUCCCCAGGACUCUCGUCAGCCAAGGGCGCUCCGUCUGCUCUGCUGGUUUCUCUGCCAUAACGAGUACAACGACUUCCGUUUUGAGGAACUGGAAGCCCUCGCAGAAGCUGAAGGCGUCUCUAAGGCGUUUCUGUGGGGAGGCGAAAAGGCUCGCGAAUCUUCCUCAACGCCCAAACCUGUCUCGUAUCCGCCUUCCCCGCUGACUGCCGCCAACGCAGCUGCUGGCGGUGGUCCUUCUUGUUCUCUUUCGUUUCCUCCUGCUUCGCUUCUUGCUUCGCCUCUCGCUUCUCCGUCGCCUCCUCCGCCUUCGAUGUGCUCUUCGCCGUCUGUGCCUCCCUUGCCCUCGCCAUUUGGGUCUCCGCUCCUCCCUACGUCCUCGGCUUCCUCGCCUCCGCCGCUGAGUUCGCUCGCGCCGAAUGCUCUUCCUGCGUUUUCGGCACCCCCCAACGUCCUCGCUGAGGCCUCGCCGCCGACGUCGCCUGUUCUCCGGGUGCCGCCGUCUUCUCCCUGCUCUUCGCCUGCUUUCUCGUGGACUGUUUCGGCGCCUGCGCCGGCUGCGCCUCUCGCUGCAUGCCGCCCUGAAGAAGCUUCUCGAAAGCAAUUCGUUUACUGUCACUUUCCCUCAGAAGAAGCAGCUUGCCGGAUCCUGGAAAAGAGCAUUCUCGUUCGCGCGUUCAUCGAAGUCUGGGCUGAGGGGGAGACUUAUGAGGAGGUGAUGGAGCAGAUGCAGCGGCCCGAGAAUCUGUCGCUUUUUCGACGCUACGUCAACGAUCGUCGGACCUGGUCGUUUCGAGUGAAGGCCUUUGGGAAGUCGCUCUCUGUCGAGGAGCAGCGAGAGAAGAUGAACUUCUUUGCACCUCUUUUUUCGGGCAAAGAAAGAGUCUCGCUUGAGCAUCCCGACGUCACCCUGGCCCUUGCUGAGGAGUGGGUGCAUGCAUCCGAGCCUGGCGACCGGCCUGCAGAGAAGCCGCUGCGGAUUUUUCUCGGCCGCGAAAUUGCUUCUCGUCACGCAGACAAAACCGCGCAGCCGUGGUGGUGGCAUUUGCGGCUUUCUCGCCGACCCGUCCUCGGUCCAACCUCCCUCGACGUCGAACUCGCCUUCCUCAUGUGCCAUCAGGCGCAGGUGAAGAGAGGAACUCUCGUUCUCGAUCCGUUCGUCGGAACAGGAAGUAUUCUCAUCUCUGCCUCCUACUACGGAGCGACAUGCGUCGGCUCCGAUAUCGACAUUCGCGUCCUGAAGGGAUACAGCGUUGCGUAUCUGAAUCCCCACAUAAAACACCCACCGAACGGUAAGACUUACGGCUGGCCCGGCUUCGAGAGAAAACGCGAGGAAGAAAAAAAAAGCGAGUGAAGGCCAGCUCUGGCAAUGCGAUCAGGUUCCGCUGGUAGGUGAAACCGAGACUAAGGAAGGGAAGCUUCCAACGCGAGGGGGACGCAAACAACAGAAAGGACUGAUGCGCCCCGAGACCAGAAGGCGACCUGCAAAGGCACCAACGGGAGAUGAGGGAGGGGAGGGGAAAGAGGUAGAGCGCGAAUCCGAGGAGAUGUGAGAAACGCGGAGGGUGUGCAAACCACGAACAAGCAGAAGACUGCAGACGAGAACUGGCGAGGAAAGGGCAUUCGGACGUCGUAAACAUGUUCGUGGUGACUCUUGUUUCCAAAUCGGUCAUGGCAGCCUAGGUUUGGGAGUGAGGCAAGCGACAGAAGGAACUCAGCGACAUGUUAAGAAUGAGAUCGCGGCUACGUUGGAGAAGAACGGAACUGCGGUUUUGUCGCUGGUUUCUGUUCAGCGAAGAAAGACAUCUUCCGAAACUUCCAAGAAUACGGACUGCCCCGGCCAGAAAUCGUUCGAGGUGACAACGCUGCGUGGGUACGUUGGAGGCUGUCUGGAAAAACUUUUGUCUCCCCGACCUGCAGUAUUUCUGCCUCAGUCUCGCUGGGCCGCGGACGGGGAGGUGCCUGAUGCAGUCGCGUUCGCGUUUUUCCUCAGUGGCUCGCGACUUCUUUCUCAAGGCCUCUUUUCUCGCGGCUUCGCGCCCCGCUAUCACGUCGGACCGUCGCUUUCUCGUCACCCUAUUCUCCGCCAGUCGAACGGUUUAACCUGGAAGCAUCUACGUAUAUAUAUAUAUAUAUAUAUAUAUAUAUAUGCAUAUACUUAUGUACAUAUAUAUAUAUACAUAUAUAUAUAUAUAUAUAUAUUUAUGUAUUCAUGCUUGUACAUUAGUGUAAUUGUAUAUAUCUGGACUUCCCCUCUAUUUGGUCAUAUCCUUUAUUUCAAAUACAUCUAUGCGUAUGUCCCCCUAUUGCUAUAUAGUCGCUUGAUAGUGGCAUCUGCUACGAGAUGUGCGUUUCUGUCUCUCGACUGGGUAUUUCGAAAAUGCACUUGCCGGAGCAUUUUGUUGAGUUCCUCUCUGUGUUUUCCAUCGCCGUCUUUUCCUUCGCGUCUCGGACAGUCUCGCUCCCGCGCCACACGCGUUUUUCAAGCUUCAUGCUGGUGGAGGUAUUUCCUGUUUUUGUGAGACUUCAAGUGGAUUAUCAAUGCAUUCAAUAUGUGAUGCCCUUGCCUCUGUGUAGCUCAUGCUUCGUCCUCUGCUGUUCUCUCUCAUUCUCAGGUGUGGAGGCUCCCGCCGCCCAUCGUGCCGGCCAGGGAACAUCCGAAGGCUGCGGCGGAGAUCGAUUUGCAUACAUUGGAGAAGCGCGCCGAGGGAGAGCAGCAGAGCGGAAGAAAACGCGCAUACUUGGAGAGGUCAGGGUGCUCUGCAGGCCAGCCUUGGGUCGACGCUAUCGUCACCGAUCCGCCCUACGGUAAGCCAUGGGAGGGGAAGAAGAAGGCGAACGAGAGCAAUGAAAAAGCGUUCUGGAAUUUCUCCGAAUUCGAGUUUGGGAGAGUGAACACCGUUCUGCGUUGACCAUGAUGAGCACCCUUGCGGUGACCCAUGAAACAGAAAGUUUUUUUUUUACGCGCGCUACCUUUUGCAGGAGCUCGCAUGAAAAGACAUAUGCCAAGAAGGCAGUGAAACCGUGCUUCGUCGUUGAGAGAACGGACGAAAGAGUUAACUGCGAGUAUCGACGCGAAGCAAAAGAACCGGAGGAGACGAUGACAGGGUCGGGAAGCAUCAAAGGGAUGAAAGGGAGAUGAGGAAGGAAACGGACGAGAAGACGAGGCAUGAGGAGAAGACAAGGAACAGCAAAAGAAGCAGGAACAAAAGCGAGAGGCUUUCAAAUACGGCAGCUCGCGCAUGGGCGGUAUUUCGUAUUAGCGAGAAAGUUCUUUAUGGUAAACGGCAGUGAGUGUGAAAUGGGUUGCCUGUCCUUGCCCUUGCGAUUUCAGUAGACACACCAUGAAAGGGGAGUGCCGUGAUCAUUGGCUGCUGACUACUGACGCGUCACUUUUUUCCUCGGUCUUCUUGCCUGGUUGGCCGGCGCUCCUGCCCCCGUUGCCAAAAUGUCGAUAUUCUUUUUUUUUUAUUUUUCCAAAUGGUUUCUUCAGGGAUCCGAGCGGGUGCACGGCAGUCUGGCCACCAGCAGAAGCACAAGCGAGGGCAAGAACGCACAAACGAAGAGUGAGAUUCUCUCUCUAUUACAAUGCUUUCCAAUAUUCCGUCCUUUUUCAGAGUUUGCUGUUUGUUGUGCUUUGAUGUUUUUAGGUCUAGCAAUUGUAUGUCUCUCAGUCCAUUGUUUAGGUUUUUUUACGUUUCGCAAGUCUUCAGGCUCUUCUGCUGGUUCAUUUCUCUCGAGGUUAAACUGCUUCGUUUUCUCUUAAACUCCUUAGACUUCCCCGCAGACGCUUUUUCUGUCAGUCCCGCGGAAGACACCCCCACACACAACCGAGUCUCUCAACAUGCAGUUGCUGCAUCGCCAAGUUAAUAAAUAAAUGGCUCUAGAGCAACAAGAAGGCACUUACACAGACUACCGACAAUAUCAACAAAUGUUUCAUUCGAUGAUAUUCGCAUCCGGUUCUUUUUGAAGUGCUGGGUACAUGUUUUUAUACAGGUUUCGUUGCAUAUAUAUAUAUAUAUAUAUAUAUAUAUAUAUAUAUAUAUGCAUACAUAUAUAUCUGUAUAAUGGGCGAGCGUGGAGAGACAUGUCAGUAAUAGAGUCGUUUCAAAGUCAGAAGUGUGGAAGAGCGCGUUUGGUAGAUUGCCUUGGUGGCUGUUCAGCGGCUGUGUUAUUGUCCCAGCAGUGUGAAUGCCUUUUCUCUGUUUUUGCUCUGAUUUGUGCAGACGCUUGACGUAUAUCUCUCCUACGGUUUUAUACGACCCUCAAACGGUCGUCAGUGACUUGUUGAAUCUGGCCGCAAGGCUCCUCGUCGACGACGGGAGACUGGUCUUCCUUCUCCCUGUCGACCUCUCCACGUAAGCAGAAAACGAAGGAAACGAAACCUUGACCGCAAAGGAGGUAACCCUGUUGAGGAAGAGCGUGACUCUGGCAGUGCGAAGGAGGAGAAACCAGGAGAAAAACGAGACUGAGACAGGAGGACGGAAGAGUGAAGGAGAAAGACAAUUGAAACGGACGAGACACUAGAGAGAAAGCCAGCGAGGACGGUGAAGCAUAGAGGACGGAGAGUGGCGAGGAGUCGCCCGAGUCGGAGCCAACGACGAGGACAGGGAGAGAAACGAGAAGGGUGUCGAGAACGACAGAGAGAGGGGACGAAAAACGAGAGAAAAGAGGAAAGGAGCGAAUGAGGGAAUCAGGAGAAGGAAGGUGCGGAGGCGACCCGCCAAGGCGCAUGUCCACUCUGUGCUGUCCUGCCUGCGUCCUCGUUCAGAUGUGAAAUUGUCCUCGUUUGUUUUCCUUUUUUUCUCUCGGCAGGGCCCACGAGGAACUGAAUCUUCUCCACCACGAGGACCUCGAGCUGGUCGCUUUCAGUUUGCAGCCGCUGUCGGGAGGUGCGUUGCGGAAUCAGAAAAUGUUCUAAAUAAAGUUCUGAGAGAAGCCUUGCCUCGCGCAGGCGGAUAUGCAAGAGACAAAAGUAACGGAAACACUGCAAGCUUCAGUUUGGGGUGUUUACAUCGGUGUGGCAUGCGCGCUCUCCCUCUCUGCGUUUCGCUGCAGGCGUUGGACGGUACUUGGUGACCAUGAGAAGAAGACGACGAUCGUCAGAAGGCUCUUCAGCAGUCUCUUCUGCCUCAGCUCCCUGACAUGGAGCCGAUCUUUUUUUUUCGGGGAUCUUGUUUUUUUCUCGUCACGCUCUUCUCGCGUCGCUUUCUUCUCAGUCUGUUUUCCUCUCUGGUCACGUUUCCCCGUUCCUCGCUCCCUCACCGCUUGCGGACUUUAAGCCAGCGACGGAGACACCGCGGCUGGAGAAACAUUUCGUUUUCUUUGUCUUUUCCUUCUCCCGGCCUCCCGUCGAUCGUGGGUGCCGGUGAGAGACAGCACUCCAGCGACCCGCCCCUGUCCUCGCUUUGCAUCUAGGGGAGAACCUUAUUGCGAGGUGCUCCCGGUUUUCCGUUUUUUCAGAUGCGUCAGCGAGUCCACUGCAUUGAAACGGUUCGCCUUCUCGUCUUCGCAGGAACCUGCUAGCCUUCGCGGUUUCUUCUGAAUGCGCUGUGGGGAAAAGAGGCUCCAGGCACAGCGUGUGAACUCGCUAGAUGGGGGAGAAUGCCCUUUCCCCUUUUGAACGAAAGGCUCUUGCGACGGUUCCCCUGAAGUUCUGUUUGCCCCCAAGUCUUUUUUUCCAAGAGACACCAACGCGCGUCUGCAGCCUCCAUCUUCGUUGUGCGCAAGGCUUUCUGCCGGACUGUCGAAUCACGAAAACGGCUUCAAAUGGACCCGCGUAGAAGGCAGGGUGUCGUGGUUUGGAGCUUUUGGAGGUUCUGCAGCAGUCCUUCCACUGUCGUUCUCGCGUUCUCUCUCCUUGUAUCCUUUCCUUCCCUCUUGGGUCUCCG